AUGACCCUGCCGCACCUGCACCUGUACCUCACCGCCCUGGGCUUCUGGAUGUCUCAGCAGUCCAGCUCCUUCCUGCUGCCCAAUGCCACCGAGCUCCUGUCCCCCGCCGAGGGCAGAGCCGUGGGCCUGCCGUGGGGCGCGGGGGUGCCUCGGGGCCGUCGGAAGCGCUACCUCUCCCCUCACGACAUGGGUCUGGUUUUGGAUUAUCACAACCAAGUGCGGGCACAGGUGUCCCCUCCAGCUGCCAACAUGGAGUACAUGGUGUGGGACGAGCAGCUGGCCAGGGCGGCGGAGGCGUGGGCUGCACGCUGCCUGUGGGACCACGGCCCCCCCCAGCUGAUUAAAUACAUGGGGCAGAACCUCUCCAUCCAGUCAGGCAGGCAGCGCUCUGUGGUGGAUAUGGUGAGGUCGUGGCACCAGGAGAAGCAGCACUACUCCUUCCCCCACCCCCGGGAGUGCAACCCCCGCUGCCCCUCCAAAUGCAGCGGCUCUGUCUGCAGCCACUACACACAGAUGGUGUGGGCAUCUUCCAGCCGCCUGGGCUGUGCCCUCAGCACCUGCACCAACAUCCAAGUGUGGGGCAGCACAUGGCGGCACGCCACCCUCCUCGUCUGCAACUACGCCAUCAAGGGCAACUGGCUGGGAGAAGCGCCGUACAAGGUGGGGAGGCCAUGUUCAGCCUGCCCCCCCAGCUACGGCGGGGGCUGCUCCAACAACAUGUGCUUCACCGGACUCAAAUCCAACCAAGUCAGCUGGUUCUAGGGCUGCAGCCCCACGUUGAGCCCCCAGGCAUGGGGGUAGGGUGAACCAGAAUUAUUUAUGAUACUGACCCCCCCACCCUCCAGCCCAGCUGCCCAACCUGCUUCACCCCUCCUGCAGCGUAGGAAACUGCUUUUGUAAUGCACCCCGCCAGCAGCGCUCGCACUGCCCGGCUGCCUCCCGCUCUGGGGGAAAUAAGGACGGUCCAGAUCCCCAUUUCCUGAAAUAGGGAUGGUUUGGGGGUGCACAGCAGGAGCGAGGCUGACUGGUGUGGUCCCUGCUCCGCAGGCUCAGGGGGCUUUCCCCGCUGCCCCCCACCCAUGCUAAGGCAGAGGCUGGUGUCAGUCAGUGGUACAAGACGU